AUGAUGCUCAAUAUCGCAAGACGCCUGGCAACCAAUGCUUCCGAAAGGUGGCUAGCCAAAGCGAUUACUUUCGCUUUGCUGGUUUACAUCAUCGUUAUUACAGCUAGAAAAGUAAUCUCCUUUAGCCAGGCGCACUCUUCGUCCUCAGCUGGAGAACCCCAACCCAGGGGCUCCGAGCAGCUCGUGCCCAGCUCGUCAGACCUGGGCGUGCGGAUCAUCCGGCCUGUAUUUGCAGUUAUUCCCGAGAUGCGGGAUGUCAGCAAAAACGUCACGGUUGCGCUGACCAUUUGGUUAAAGCGAGUUGGUGCAAGGGCAGCCCCCUACGAUUUACCGCACCAAACACAGGAUUCAAUUCGUAUGGUGGUGUGGGUGGAUGACCCUUCCAAUCUCCACAACCGACAGUGGGGUCAUCUCAAACUGCCGGAGGACCAUUCCAAAUGGAUGCCAGACCUCCUCUUGGAAACGGUCAUGCCGGGCCCAAUCCUGCGUGCCGAGUACGAGCCGAAGGAAGGCCUCAAGCGCAAGGUUAUCGACCACAUUGUUCGACCAUACUCCUUCCGGGUCGACCUGCCUGAGGGUGUCGGGAACUGCUUCAAGAUUAUAGAGGCCAGCUAUCCGAAACACAAAGCCCCGGUUUGCCUUCCCCCCGCGAGACUGGACCCCACGUGCGACUGGCUGGCCCCGCCCGGUCAGUACGACACCAGCUCCCCGGCGCUGUACACCGCCAUCGGCGCCGUACGGCACACAUCCUCCACUGGCGACUGGGCGGGCUACCAGGCCCAGGUAGCUGCACAAGUGUGGAACUACGUAAACUACCAGAUGGCGAUGGGCGCCGCGGGGCUUCUGCUAUAUGCGGAUGAGUUGCAGCGAAUGUACCUGGAGCGUGAUCCGUACACCGCGGAGCUGCUGCGGCGGGGCCACCUCAAGCUCAUUACGUGGGACAUGCCCGAGCGGGGCCACGACGAUGAUGACGGAAGGGGGCGACCCCUCGGGUAUAACUACGAUCAGGCUCUGUUCGCCAGCCACGUCAACCUGGGCCUGUCGUCAUGUGGGUCCAACUUGUGGGUCCUAGUCACCGACAUCGACGAGUAUGUGUACAUCCCCAAGCCUAACCGCCAAUGGCCAGAGCCCCUGCAAGCUUGCAUGGCCAACGCAGGGCCCAAUAUCACAUUGUAUUCACUGCAGCGCUUCGAGGUCCUGUCCAGCACAAUCCCACCCGAAGAAGAACGCAAAUAUUGGGCCACGCCAGGGAUGCUAGGUAGGACGGCGGAUGGCGGAGGAAACAGCAACUUCGCCAGCGCGAAUGCCAGUGGCAAUGGUGCCCUUGGUGGCGUUAACGCAAACUUUUUGCAUCCUCUGGAGUUUUAUGAUCAGAUGUUUGCGGAGCCGUUGAGCCGCAUGCAUGGCAAGGCUGUCAUGCAACCUGCCGCGGGGGUUGUAUUGUUUUUCGUCCACGACGCUGUACCUCUGUACGGCACGACGCAGCUUGUGCACCAUAAUUGCAUGGUGCUGCUGCAUGUGCCCAAUUUCCACGGCGGCCGUCGCAAGCCGGCGGAGGCAGGGUUGCUGCAACCCAUUCGGAGCUGGGUCUUCGCACAUUAA